AUGGCCGCUAGUUUGCAAGGCCACCAGGUACAUCCUGAGGGUCGUACAUGGAAAACACACUUUCCAAAAGGCGACCUCUGGGUAUUCGGAUACGGGAGUCUAAUCUGGAAACCACCCCCACAUUAUGACCAACGAGUCCCAGGCUACAUCAGUGGAUAUGUCCGCCGCUUUUGGCAGGCUAGUACCGACCACCGUGGGACACCCGAACAGCCGGGUCGGGUUGUUACCGUGAUUGAACGAAAGUUCUGGGAGACGCUGGAUGACCCGCUGGCAAGACUAGAAUCCCAGUCCGAAUCUACCGGUAAGGUGUGGGGCGCCGCAUACCAUAUCCCCGCUUCACAUGCUGAAGAAGUUCAUGAUUACCUUGAUGAGCGUGAGAUAGAUGGUUAUAGUGCUCAUUUCACGCCUUUCUAUCCUGUCUCUGGAGAGGAAUCAUCAUCUACUGAUGCAACUGGGAAAUAUUCAAUUUGCAUGGUUUAUAUUGGCCAGCCAACGAAUCCGCAGUUCUUGCGUGAGCGAGCUCAGCGUGAGCCGCAGAAUGUGGCGCAGGUGAUCAGUGCGGGGCAUGGGCUUAGUGGGAAGAAUUCGGAGUAUCUUUUCCUGUUGGAGAAGGCGUUAGACGGGAUUGGACUGGGAUCGGCAGAUGUUCAUGUUACCGAUUUGGUGAAGAGGGUUAAGGCUAUUGAGGUGGAGGGUGAGGGCGAUAGAGAGGAGCUGGAGGCAGAGCGGGAAGUGAAGCUUUCAUUGGCUUCUCAUGAGGAAGUGGCACGUGGAGAUAAUAUCGAAUGA